AUGGUAUUCGUUUCUCCUUUGUUUUUUCACGAAAAAUCUGAGGUUGAUGGUGUGAAAGUGGAAGAAAAGUUUGAGCUGGUUGAUAGAAAUAAAGUGGAUUGGAAAGGAAGACAAGCUCUUAAGUUCAAAUAUGGGGGAAUGCUUGUGUCUGUGCUCAUACUAGUUACGUUAGGUUUCGAGAAUAUGGCAACAUUUUCACUAGCUGUGAACUCGGUGCCAUACUUCACUGGGAUAAUGCAUUAUAAUCUAGCAGAUGCAGCUAACAUGCUCACCAACUACAUGGGAACGAGUUACAUACUCUCCAUUCCAUUGGCCCUCCUUGCUGACACGUGGAUUGGCAGAUACACAUCUGUUUUAAUUGCUGGCUUCUUCGAGUUUGUGGGACUAGCAUUGCUUACAGCACAAGCACACUAUCCUAGCCUUAAGCCACCAAUUUGCAACGUGUAUGAUAGAACUGCAAAGUGCGAAACAUUGAGUGGAGGGCAAGAAGCACUUCUAUUCAUUGGGUUAUACUUGUUGGCAUUUGGCGGUGCAGGAGUGAAAGCUGCAUUGCCAUCACAUGGUGCAGAUCAAUUUGAUGAAACAGACCCUAAAGAAGCAAAGCAAAUGUCCACUUUCUUUAACACUCUUUUGCUUGCUGUUUGCAUGGGUGGUGCUGUCAGCUUAACGUUCAUUGUGUGGAUACAAAUCAACAAAGGAUGGGAUUGGGGGUUUGGUAUUGGCACCAUGGCUAUAUUUUUGGGUGUCGUAAUAUUUGCAGCUGGAUUGCCGCUCUAUAGAAUUCGUGUUGCUCAAGGAACAAAUGGUUUCGUUGAAAUCAUUCAGGUCUACGUUGCUGCAAUCCGCAAUAGAAAUCUUCCCCUUCCUGAAGAUCCAUCAGAACUAUACGAGAUUGAACAAGACAAGGAAGCUGCUGAGGAAAUAGAGUUUAUACCUCAUAGAGACAUUUUCAGGUUCUUGGACAGAGCAGCCAUCCAAAGAAAAGAUGGUGUGCUACCUGAGAAACCAGAGGCUCCAAACCCAUGGAAACUAUGCAGGGUUACCCAGGUAGAAAAUGCCAAAAUCGUUCUCGGCAUGGUCCCAAUAUUCUGCUGCACAAUUAUAAUGACCCUUUGCCUAGCUCAGCUUCAAACCUUUUCAAUCCAACAAGGCUACACUAUGGACACAACCUUCACCAAGCAUUUUCACAUUACCCCAGCAUCCCUCCCAAUCAUACCAAUUAUAUUCUUAAUCAUCAUUGUUCCAAUCUAUGAUCGCAUUUUUGUGCCUCUUAUGCGCAAAAUCAAUGGCAUUCCCACUGGAGUUACCCAUUUGCAACGCAUUGGAGUUGGUCUAGUACUCUCUUGCAUAUCCAUGGCUGUGGCUUCAAUUAUAGAAGUGAAAAGGAAAAAAGUGGCCAGAGACAACAACAUGCUUGAUGCUGUGCCAAUACUUAUGCCACCAUUGCCCAUAAGCACAUUUUGGCUUUCCUUUCAGUACUUCAUAUUUGGCAUAGCUGACAUGUUUACUUAUGUGGGUCUGCUUCAGUUUUUCUAUUCAGAGGCACCAAAAGGACUUAAAUCUACAUCAACCUGCUUCCUUUGGAGCUCUAUGGCACUUGGGUAUUUUCUAAGUACCAUAAUUGUGAAGAGUGUGAAUGGUGCCACCAAACAUAUCACUAGAAGUGGGGGCUGGUUAGCGGGGAACAAUAUUAAUAGAAACCAUCUGAACCUGUUCUACUUGUUCCUUUCCAUAGUGAGCUUGAUCAACUUCUUUAUCUAUUUGUUCUUUUCAAAGAGGUACAAGUACAGGUCUCAAAGCCCUUCAGUCCCUGAUGGAAAUUCAAAGAAGUGA